AUGCAGAAGGAGCUUCCGAAUCUGCUGACAAAGUUUCGAGCGACCCUGGAUAAAAGCGAAGGAUCUUUUGGAUUGUGCUUGGACUAUGAGGAUGCAGAACUACCUGGAACUGGAGCCGGUUUCAAGGACAGGUGUCUCGUCUUCAACGUGACGGGGGGCGCUGCCGCUGAGUGGAACAAGGGACAUCCGGACAAGGCUUUGCAGGUUGGAGAUUGCAUUGCUGCUGCCAACGGAGUGAAAGGCUCGUCCAAGGCAGUUUUCGAGUCCAUCCGCAAGGCGGACAAGGUGGAUCUGGAUGUGGAGAGGCCACAGGAGAUCACUGUGGCGGCUGGCAAGGGAGGGAGGCCCCUUGGUCUUCACCUUGCAUACGCUGACUCCAGCGUUGGGCUCAUCGUGAAACAGGUGAACGAAGGCCCUGUGAAGGAGUGGAACAAGGCGCACCCUUCUUCGUCUGUAGGCCCCGGAGACCGAAUUCUGGAAGUCAACGGAUGCAGAUCAGGAAUCCAGGAUAGGAUACCGGAGCUUGCGAGGUCACAAGACGAGAACGUUACGCUGCGUGUGUUGAGUUGGCAGUGA